GAGAGAGCGAGAGAGAGAGAGACCAUUGGUGCCGCAGCGGGACCGACUGUCACACGGACUGUUAGGGGUCCUUACCGGAGAGAGCAGCCGCUGCUCGCCGUUUACCGAUAGACACACCGGUGGAGAAACACAGAGGAGCAAUAAAGAAGGAAAAGAGUAACGCAAGGAGAAGAGAAGAAGAAGAAACAAGGGGAAUCGUUAUUUUUGCCGUGGCUGCUGUCGCCUGUGUGCCAUCACCUCCACCGGACAGGAUAUACUGUCCCCAUCAUCACCACUCCUCCUCAUCAUCUAGACCUCUCCUCCUCUUCCUCCUUUCCUUCAUCACUAUGCCUGGUUGGCGGAGGAACCUCACUUUCUGUCUGCAACGGAUGCACGAGGAAGAUGACGGGCCAUAUGGAAAAACAAAGGACAUCUCUGGACCAGAACAGACCAUGGCCUCGAGAAGACACAGUAUACCAGAAGCUCUGCGGGGGGUGACUAUGGUGGAGCUGGUGAAGAAAGAAGGCAGCACACUGGGCCUUACCAUCUCAGGAGGAACCGACAAGGAUGGGAAACCGCGGGUAUCCAACCUACGGCCUGGAGGACUGGCAGCCAGGAGUGACCAGUUAAAUGUCGGUGACUACAUAAAGUCGGUGAACGGCAUCAAUCUGACCAAACUGCGGCAUGAAGAGAUAAUCAGCUUACUGAAGAAUGUAGGAGAGAGGGUUCUGCUGGAGGUGGAGUAUGAACUGCCCCCUACAGCACCAGACAGCACCUCAGGGGUUAUAUCAAAGACAAUCGACAUCUGUUUGCACAAAGAGGGGAGCAGCUUUGGUUUCGUCAUGAGAGGUGGUACCCACGAAGACUGGCACAAGUCACGUCCCCUAGUGGUCACCUAUGUCAGGCCAGGAGGUCCUGCAGACAGAGAGGGCACCCUGCGUCCUGGUGACCGUCUCCUUAGUGUGGAUGGUGUACCGCUGCACAACGCCAACCACAGCGAGGCCCUCAGCAUGUUGGCUCAGUGUGGCCAGGAAGCUCUGUUCCAGAUAGAGUAUGAUGUCACUAUCAUGGACACAGUAACGAACGCCUCCGGUCCACUACUAGUGGAAAUUGCCAAGUCGCCAGGAGCAAUGCUGGGUAUCACACUGACUUCAGCCAAUCAUCGAAACAAGCAGGUUAUUGUCAUCGACCGGGUUAAGCCUGGCAGCGUGGUGGACAGAUGUGGAGCAUUGCAUGCUGGAGAUCAUCUGCUGUCCAUAGACGGGACAUCUACAGAACACUGUACGGUCCUGGAGGCAACACAGCUAUUAGCAAGCACAACAGAACUGGUGAAAUUAGAAAUACUCCCCUCCCAUCAAACGAGGCUAACUGGGAAACAGCAUGACACAGUGAAGGUUCAGAAGUCUGAUCACCCCCACUCCUGGGACCCCUGUGUGAACUACUGUCAUCCUCCAAACUCCACCCUCUGUAACACAAGCUCCACCCUCAACAAGUCGUGGACAGCCUCAAAUAAUAACACUAUCAACAGCCUCGACUACUGCAAGUCUCUGGUAUCUGCCAGUUUCUCUCCCGGCUCUACGACUACAUCGGGCCCAAGUAGCCAGAGCUCCAGCACCUUGCCCAGGCCUACAGUUCCCAUGAGUCCACGUAACUCACUGCUCAAACGACGGCAGAGGAAGAAAGAGCACAAAAGCUCCUUGUCCCUGGCAUCCAGUUCAGUGGGCCCUGGUGGUCAGGUAGUUCAUGUAGAGACCAGUGAGAUCAUCCUAACAGGUGACCCCCUCAACGGCUUUGGUGUCCAGCUGCAGGGAGGAAUAUUUGCCACCGAAACACUGUCUGCACCCCCACUUAUCCGAUUCAUAGAGCCCGACAGCUCUGCAGAGAGGUGUGGCCUGCUGCAGGUUGGAGACCGCCUCCUGUCAAUCAAUGGAAUCCCCACAGAAGAUGGCACGCUAGAGGAGGCUAAUCAGCUUCUCCGAGAUGCGGCAUUGACCAAUAAAGUCACAUUGGAGAUAGAAUUCGACGUAGCAGAGUCAGUGGUGCCUAGUAGUGGUACUUUCCAUGUGAAACUGCCGAAGAAAAGAGGAGUGGAGCUGGGGCUCACCAUCAGUGCCAGCAAAAAGCUAGGAGAGCCCCUCAUCAUUUCGGACAUCAAGAAAGGCAGCAUGGCCCACAGAACAGGAACACUGGAGCCUGGUGAUAAGCUGUUGGCCAUCGACAACAUCAGACUGGAGAAUUGUUCCAGAGAUGAUGCAGAGCAGAUCCUGCAGCAGUGUGAGGAGCUGGUCAAACUAAAGAUACGCAAAGAUGAAGACAACUCAGAUGAGCAGGAGACGUCAGGCAGCAUCAUCUACACAGUGGAGCUGAAGCGGUAUGGAGGCCCUCUGGGUAUCACAAUCUCAGGCACCGAGGAGCCUUUUGACCCCAUCACUAUAUCCGGCCUAACCAAGAGAGGCCUGGCUGAGAGGACAGGGGCAAUUCACAUAGGUGACCGGAUCCUGGCUAUCAACAGUGUCAGUUUAAAAGGCAAGCCCCUGAGUGAAGCAAUCCACCUGCUGCAGAUGGCUGGAGAGACAGUCACCCUCAAGAUUAAAAAACAGCUCGACAAUUUGGAGGAGAGGAAGGCAGCAGAGGCAGAGGACACAACAGAGAAUGAGCUCAGUGACCCUGAGGAGGAUGAUCUGACGGACAGCCAACAGACCAAUAAGCUGUCAGAGCUUUACUCCACAACCAUACCCAGUGUCGACUCUGCCAUGGAGUCAUGGGAUGGCUCAGGGAUGGAUGCUGGCUAUGGCAGCCAGGGUACAUACAGCCACCAGGCAGCUGGCAUCGCCCUCCACCCCCAUGAGUGGCGUAGUGCCAAGCAGCAGCGCAGUACCACACCUCCACCUGGACGCCGGAAGAACUACCCUUUUAGUGAUGGAGGCUUCAGUGAGGAUGACUGGGACAAACCACCUGGAUUUAUUGGCCAACAACCGGAUGGUAUUUUGUUGGAUCCAGAGGACAGUUUCUGGUGUCAGGCGCUUGAGGAUCUGGAGACCUGCGGCCAAUCAGAACUACUCAGAGAGAUAGAGGCAUCCAUCAUGACAGGAACAGCGAUCAGUCUGGGUGUAGAUGGUGUCAACAAGCCUCCAGCUGAGCCCAUACUGAGCCACAGCAGAAUGAGCCCACUGCGGAGAAAUUCUCUCCUGCACCAGGGAAACCCGCUCCACCAAGGUACACACCUCCACCAGGGUGCCCAUCUGCACGAGGAGGCUCACCUGCAUGAAGAGGCCCAACUCCACCAAGACGCCCACCUGCACCAGGAGAUUCAUUUCAACCAUGAGGCCCACCUACACCAGGGGGCCCACAUCCACCAAGAUAACCAAUCUCCUCUCAUGCACCACGAGCCCAAACCCAAGGCGUCAUUGAGAGUGUCAGAGAGGACGUGGGAGUCUCGUCGAAUCAAAGAGGAGAUGCAGGGAAUUCUGUCCCCAACGCCUUUGGAGCUGCACAAAGUAACAGUGGUAAAGGACCCAGAGAUUGAUGACUUUGGCUUCAGUGUGUCAGACGGCUUCUUGGAGAAAGGAGUUUAUGUCAACAUGAUCAGACCUGAUGGUCCAGCUGACCGAGCUGGGCUCAGACCCUACGACAGGAUCCUGCAGGUAAACCAUGUGAGGACGAGGGACUUCGACUGCUGCCUGGCAGUGCCGCUGAUCACAGAGGCUGGAGACAGACUGGAGCUGGUCAUCAGCCGCAACCCACUGGCCAAUGACGACACAGAGGACAAUAACAACACUUUAGAUCAUCCGCUAGACCUGUAACACACACACACACGAAAAAUGAAUCUCUAGACAUACACACACAUGCAUUCACUCUGCCACACUCAGGCAGGGGACAUACUAUACCUGGUGAUGAAGUGUAAAGUUAUAUCUACUGGAACAGGCCCAAACACACAAACUCCACUGGCUUGAAGUAAUUCUAUUUAAACACGGGGACUCCUACACACACAAACUUGCAUGCUCACAGUCGCCCUAUCCCAUUAAUGCUGGGUCGAACUGCUGUUAUACAGUAAAUUUCUCCAUGGAAGCAUAGUGCAGAAAAAGAGUGAGACAGACUCCUGAGAGCUGGCUCAGAGUCCUCGGUAUUGCUUCAACAUAAAACCACCACUUGCUUGGCACUUUAACCAACCAUGUUAACUGAUCGACUCUUUAAAUCUUGUUUUUACUUAAAAAACUAAUAAAAAGCUUAGGUAAUUUCAGCUUUUUUUUUUUUUUUUUAUGCCAGACCACAGGUUUAUAGAAGUGUAUACAACUGAUGGUACCAGAGCGAUCUGCCUUAUUUCACAAUAUUGUAAGUGAUUUUAGGAAAUUUUAAAUGAAACUGUAUUGAUGAGAGAAACUGCCUUGCUCAGUUUGCAGAUUUCAUUAGUAUUAAGAAAGGCUACGAUUCAAUUCCAGACCAACUUUCUAGAAAAGUCAAGUUCCGUUUUUUUUUUUUUUUAUCUAGCUGUCGCAUGAAGGCAGACUUCUAUAUUGGAUACCUCUGCACAUCAUAAGGUCAACACAGUGAUAUUAUAAAAAAAAUCUAUUACAAGGUCAAUACAAUGAUGUCAUCACAACUGCCAAACUGUUUUUGUUCAAUCCAGUCAUCGAAGGGAAGAGAAAGAAAGUCGCUUUCCUCUCCUGACGAAUUACAUCUUCAAUGGAAUUUAUUAACAAAGUCAACUUUUGUUGCAACACAGUUGGGCAGCUGAGGUUCCCCCGGAGGAAACUGUUGCCAAUAGAAGAACAUUUUCAUACACCAGUUUGAGAGAUUGUUGAGCCUUUUCUGUUUGUUUUUGCCAACUGCCAGGAGAGUUGCUCAUCUACAUUGCCCAAUCUGUUACUACACCAACAUAGUAGAGAGUGUCCUGGGUUCAUUGCCCCUCAGCUCACUGAUGGCCUACAAAGUCAAAGAGCAGUAGCUACUAUGUAUGCAUUUUAAAUAUAAUGCUUUACUCUCCUUGUGCUUAAAUAAUUUGAGGCUACACACCACAUAACUACUGUAAGCAUGAUUUGCAUUGGGUGUACAUUAGAAUAGACUAAAUAGGUGACUAGCUCAACCCAAGUCAACAUUUAGCACACCAGUGUGAACAACAAGCAAAGUUAAAAGUAAGUAACAUCCUCUUUGCUAUACUAAGCAACAGGGUUCACAGGCAAUGCUGUCUUAAUUAAAAAAACUAAAAACUUCAACCAUUAUCAGCUCCACUGUUUUAGAAUAGAUAUUAUUAAUCAUCACGACCACAAUAAUAACAAGCUACGACAGUUAUUUUGGCAACUGAUGUUUAAAAUAUAGCACCUUCAAAUAGAGUAUAGAUCAGCCAUGAACAUUAAAAUUUUACUGAUGUUUGGCUUUGUGAGGAAGACUGACCCUUUUGUGGCACAAACAUCAUGAACAAAUUUAACGGCACCAUCUGCAAACAGAUACUGAAUUUAUCACGAUGCAUAAGUGCCAAACUGUUCUGACGAGGAGCAAGUCUCAUACAAACACCUUAUAGAACAGGGCCAUUAUGCACAGAUAACAUAAGGACAUGAAAUAGUACAGCUUGUGCACGUGUAUCAUUAUGUUUACAUCUGUGUGUUUGGCUGUGUUGUAUUCCUGCAACUAUUGUUUAUGAUGUGCAUGUACAUGUGUGUCUGUAUAUAUCUACCUUUGUGGGUGUAUCUCAAAAGGCGCGUAUACAUGAUAUAACCCACUCGAUUUGACAAAAACUGCUUAACCCUUUAGUCCGUCAGUCUGGCAUUGUGGACAGCUCUUAAUGCCCUGGCUGCUAUUGCUGUGGAGACUAAUCCAGUUGGAAGUGCCAAUUACAUGCACAGACCUGUAGAGACCCUACGUCAGGGCUGUUGAGAACAAAACACAGCAUUAUAGUAAAUAAGUAGAAUUUUAAUUUGUGAUUGAAUGUUUCGUAUAGGCUGAUGUGUGUCAGUGUGUCAAUUUCAAUCCACAAGAUUCAGUUUCAUGGUCAAAGACACUUCAAGAGUACCAGAUCAAGCCUGCAUUCUUUCCAACAGCAAGCAGAGGGCCACUCCACUGCUAAAAGAAGUCCUGAAGGACCUUGAAGUGUCUUUGACCUUGAAAAUGAAUCUUGUGGACUGAAACUGAAAUGAGAAGCGAAUCAGUUGCAACUGAAAGCAAAAUUUAAAGUGAGGCUUAAAUACAGUUUCAGUUGCAACUGAAUUCAAUUUCAUUACAUUCAGUUUCAAACUAAUAAAUUCAAUUUCAAAUUAUGCUAUUUAGAUUGAGUUUUUCCAAUACAGUUAUUAAGUUAAGUUAAGUUAAACAAUACAAAUUCAAAUUAUGCUAUGCCAAAUUCAGUUUUUUUUAUGCAAUUAUUCAAGUGGAGCAAUUCAAAUUCAUAAUCUACUGGCACAAAUAUCAGCCCAUAGUUUCGUACCAAAAAGCACCAGUUCGACUUUAUUUUUUUAAAAACACAUUUUCUAAUACAACUAUAAAUCUUUGGCUCAGAGUUGUAGAAGUGCUCCAACUAUCUAUGCGCCUGAAAUAGCUCCACCCACUUUGCAACUCUGGCAUGUGUGAUAUUGUACAAUGACAAACUUAAUCUGAAGCUACAAAUUAAUUACUAGGUUUUUUUUUACUCUCCUCACCUCAUCUUCUUAGUCUGUUUGGUAACAACAGAGUUUUCUUACACUUACUUCACCUUCUGUUUUCAUGAUUUUUCUGCCAAAACUGUCUUUGUCCCAAUUAUCUGUGGAUUAACAGAAAUGAGACUAGCCGUCACUCCCCUCCUACAGCACUUGGCUGUGUGUGUGAGACAGUGACAGAGUGUAUACGGGUGAGAACGUAAUAUUUUUUUGUGUUAGCCUACUGUGUGUAAAGAUGUAUGUAAGCACAAUAGAGAGAACUAUUAAUACAGUGCGUCUACAAAAUGUGUGAGACAUAUGGCAAUACAUAUAACACAGAAUAGGAAUAAUGGGAGAAUGAGUCUGUGAAAGAGAGGACAGGGAAUAUCCUUUGUCCUCUGAAAAGGUUGAAAAAAACCAGGAACAAUCAACCUCUGUUCUCUCUGUUUUUAACAUUGCAUGUCUCUCCCUCUUUCCUCACAUUGUUACAUAAUACAGUUAGCUGCCCCCUUUGAGAACACUCAUGUAUGUGUGUUUGUGUAUGAAUGAGGGAGCCUAUGUGCAUGAGGCUGAGUGUAUUGGUAUGUGUGCCUCUUGUGCGUCAAGGUUUCUGUAUGUACUAUACACGUGUGUUUACAUGUAUGUAUGGAUGGUCAGUGUGUGUGUGUGUGUGUGUGUCAGAGAAGUAGGUGGUGUACAUUUCAUUGUACAGUGGUGAUGUUUUUCCAGGGCUGCGGGCCAUUUACUCUCCUUUACAAAAACGUGAUGAGACUAAAAACAGUAUAAACUGUUAGUGUGGUUUGUGAGCAACCCGGAGAAAGACAACUUUUUCAUAAAUAAUAAAAAAGGGACAUUUACUUAUCUCCAAGCACUUAUACAAAAAAAGAAGCACACUGUUGAAUACCAUGCACUGUAAGUAUUUUCAUGUACAACAGAGCAAACAUGUCGUGGUUUUUUUAUACGUCAAGUGGCCAAAAAAACAUUUUGUAAAGCAGCAAAAAAAGAAGACAAAAUGCUGAGAAAAGCCUUCCAAAUUGUUCUGUUGUUUUUUUAUGUAUGUAUGUAUGUACGUAUGUGUGGUCAUCCAUACUCCCUAUGCAUUUCUGGGUCAAAGGUCAGUUAAAAGCCCAAUCCGGAACCGUAACAGAAGUCCUACAGUUGAAUUUAGUUUGUAAGAAUUCCUUUCAAUUAUAUCAUUAAUUAAAUGUAACAAAUUACACAUUUACAGAAAAUGUGUUACAUUAUUACAAUCAUUCAAUUAUUGUGACAAUGUAUUAGUGAUGUUGCAAUCAUUUCAAAUUAAGAUUUCAAAGUAAGAUACUAAUGUCUUGAAUUUUGGGUAAAUUUGGGUAAAUUUUGAUAAAUGUUCCAAUGUCAGUCUGAAGUUUUCAUGACAGUAUACUGUAUUUUAUUACACUACACUGUUAUUUUGACAAGCUAUUGUAUAAUCUGACAUGUAUUACAUCAUCAGCUGCAGUAAGGCCUUCCUCCUUCAAACAGACUCAUAAAUUCAUUGUUAUUAUGGUUCAUCUUAAGUAAAAGCUGAAAAAUAACCCAGUUAUCAAGAGGAUUCUAGCUCAAAUCCCUUGAGCAGUAGGGAAAACAUGCAAUGCAUGUUGCAUUUCUUCUUUUAUUUUAAUGACAGCUUUGGCAGCAGGCCAUUCUGUAUGUUUCUAUGACACGUUCCUGCUGGGGAUGGAGCAUGUGUUGGGGUUUCUUCUGCAUAGAUUGUUGUGCAAUGUACGACAGUUGUUUUAAGUCUUAUACAAAUCACACCUUUUUGUUGGAAGUGUUUCAAAAUAAAAGGUGGCUUUCACUUUUUGCCCUGCAGUAGCCAUAUCGGAGGUUCUCAACUAAUAUCUAGUUGUAGAAGCUGAUUGUGCAACGUGGCAGUACACAACAUUACAUAAUAUUUAAAAUUCAGACAUGGCCCAUUUAACUGGGUCUGAUAAUUUGAUUAGAUUUUGCUUGUUUACUAAAUAAUAAAUACCGAAUCUUUUUAACUAAAUUUCUUACGCAAAGAAAACUAUAGGUAACAAUUGAUUAUGUUAUAUAAAUAUUAGCCCAUUGCCCAGAUUGCAGUUAACUAGCUUUUUAGUGUGUACAGGCUAGAAAACUAAAAUUAACUGUAUUAAUCACCAUUACUGUAGACAUGAAUACAAGCUUCUUCACUAGACCUCCUGCCAACUGUAGCUGUGACUCUACAAUGGAUAAAAUAAGUUGUUUUAUAAUUUCCAAACUAACAAAUUUCAGUGUCUCUUAUGAUCUGUUGGUCAUAAAAGUGUCUCCAAUAUUUGCCUCUAAAACGUUUUCCAAAAAAAUUUGUGCUUCAUGCAGGGCUACAAAAUGUUUUUCUGACUUUAUUUUAACAUGAAAUAAUUUCAAAAAAUGUGUUGUGGCAUCAAAGCAUAUAGCGAUUCCGGAUUGGGCCAUUAAUAAUGUAUGCGUUGAUAUUGUGUUUUGUUUUUGUUUUUUCAAAUUGUGUAAAGUUCUAUUUAUGUAUAGUAUUUUUCUAUGACAAUAUUACUCUUCCGAAACAUGGGAGAAAAGACAAAACAUAAAUUAUGAAAGGGAAAAUAAAAUGUAUAAACUUUGUUGUUGUUGUCGUUGUUUUGUUCUUUUUAUUUUCUAUGAAACAAAACUGUAACAAUAUACUUCUUUUUGAGAAGAACAUAAGAAAAUAUCAAA